AUGGCGUCAUUAAUGUGCCUGAUUUACUUGAUAUUGCUCUUCUCUCUUUUGCUUUGUUCAAUUGAAGGAAGAAACAAUAUUCCCUUGACUGAGGAAGAAGAGCUGGAGAUAGAGAAAGAACUCCAAAGCCUCAACAAACCCCCGGUCAAAACCCUAAAGUCCUUCACUGGGGAUCUUUUUGACUGCAUCGAAAUGUACAAACAACCUGCAUUCGAUAAUCCUGUUCUGAAAAAUCAUAAGCUACAGAUACGACCAAGUUUUCUAACGAAGAGCAAUGUGACUAUGGAUGAAAAAUUUAAACCACCUAUAGAUCCAGGCUUCAACGAUACUUGCCCUCCAGGAACUGUUAUCAUUCGACGAACUCGAAAAGAAGAACUAAUCAUGGCUAAAGAACUACCCAAAUACUUCAGGAACUAUGGCUCUAGUUAUGGUGUUCUUGAUUCUUCAGACAGGAGUUAUUUUGCGGUAAUGCAGAGCCGGAAAGCUAAAUUCCAUGGCUUUGAAUCUAGUAUCUCUACGUGGGCACUCCCAAAUGUGGGGCCAGAUCAAUCCACUGCAAAUCAAGUAUGGAUGGUGGGAGACCUCGAUGGUCCUCAAGAAAACCUGAAUACUAUUGAAACCGGAUGGCACGUUAAUCCUAAGCUAUAUGACGAUAAGUUUACUCGUUUUUUCACUUAUUAUACAAUCGACAAUCACAAGACGGGCUGCAUGAACUUACUUUGCAAAGGAUUCAUACAAGUUUCAGCAAUCUUUGGACCUGGACAUGCCUUCAUCGGUAGCGACCUUUCUACGUACGGAGGCAAACAAGCAUACUUCAGCUUUGAAAUACGAAAGGAUCCUGAACUUGGUCACUGGUGGUUGUCAACGGCAGAUGAGAAUCUUGGAUAUUGGCCAAAGGAGGUUUUGCCUAGUUUAGAUGUAGCAAAAGCGAUAGACUUCGGAGGUGUAGUGUAUUCGCCCAACAAUGAGGGGUCUCCUCCCAUGGGGAGCGGUUAUUUUGCCGAAGAAGGGAUUGGUAAAUCCAGCUAUUUUAUGUCAGUGAUGUUCAGAGGGGAUGACCAGCGUGCUUUCAUUCCGGGCACGAACUGGGCGCGUUCGAAACAGAAUGCAGACGACGAAUAUUAUCAAAUUAUUGGACCUAAUCCAACCAGUGGUCCUUGGAAUGUUGCUUAUGGUGGACCGGGUGGGUUGUUUAAUACUAGUGGCUGA